CUGUUGGGAAAACCGGAUCAGAAGUCGAGAACAAACAAAUGCUAGAUCGGGCUUCAGCUUGCUUGCGUCGCUUUUACUGCGUUCAGAGUCAGGAAGUCUCGCAUCCCUUGUCUCCCUAUACAAGUCUGCUUCUUCUUCCCCUUUCUUGUAACCUUGUUUGUGUGUUAAGCUGUGGCUGUCACCGGGUCAACAGACUACCAUUUCAACCUCUUUGGCCUGUUCAACGACAGCUCAUACUUCCAUUGCUAGUGGUAUAAGGCUCAGAUUCUCCCCCAGGAACCAUCCAAAUAUCAAGAAAUUUACAAGGGAAGAAGGUCAGGAGGGGGAGAGGGAGGCCAUGAAGUCUAACAGGAACCUGACCAGGGGGGAGGGGAGGAGGCUGGGGAAUGCGGCGCUGAUAGCCUUCAUGCUGGGCUCCCUGCUGCUGCUCUCCCUCAUCAGGGCAAGGUUCUCCCCCAUUGGGAAACCAGGAGAUGCCAUCGAAGCCGAGGAACAGCAGGCGAUGGGGAAGGGAAGUGUGAAGAUGCAGACCCUUGAGGCCGCCGAUGAGGCUGCAGCAUCAGCUGCAGAGGAGGAGGAAGACGAAACGAAACCCAAGGCUGCCGACAGCGCAGUUGGCGGUGGCGGCACCGCUGGUGUUGCGGACCACCUCAGCAAGCCGGUGUGUUACGAGUCAAGCCGGCGGUCGGACACGUGUGAGGCCACCGGCGACGUCCGCGUGCACGGUCGCAGCCAGACCAUCCACAUUACCCCGCUGGAGCAGGAGUGGAAGGUGAAGCCGUACUGUCGGAAGCACGACGCCUUUGCGCUGUCGCACGUUAAGGAGUGGACUCUCCGGCCCCUCUCCGGCGCCGCCGCGGAUUGCACGGUGAACAGUUCGGCCACCGCGUUCGUGCUCUCCACCGGCGGUUUCACGGGCAACCCUUUCCAUGACUACACGGACGUGCUCAUCCCGGCGUUCAUCACCGCGCACCGCUUCGCUGGCGAGGUCCAGUUCCUAGUGAGCAGCUUCAAGUCGUGGUGGACGAACAGGUACCUGCAGAUCUUCCAGAGACUAAGCAAGUACGAGGUGGUCGACAUCGACAACGACGACGAGGUCCGGUGCUACCGGAGCGUGGUGGUCGGGCCGACGUUCCACAAGGAACUCGGCGUGGAUGCGUCGAAGACGGCGUCGGGGUACUCCAUGGUGGACUUCCGCGCGAUGCUUCGCGGUGCGUUCGGGCUGGAGCGCGCGGCGGCCGAGCCCAGCGGCGACCGGUGGGACAUCCGGCGGCGACCGCGCCUCCUGAUCAUCUCGCGGCACAGCUCCCGCGCGUUCCUGAACGAGCACGCCAUGGCGGACAUGGCGAUGAGCCUGGGUUUCGAUGUGCGCGUCGGCGAGCCGGACGUCAGCACGGACGUGUCCAAGUUCGCCCGUCUGGUGAACUCGGCGGACGUGAUGGUGGGCGUGCACGGCGCAGGGCUGACCAACAUGGUGUUCCUCCCCGCUGGCGCUGUGCUCAUCCAGGUGGUGCCCUACGGCGGCCUCGAGUGGCUUGCCCGCGGCACGUUCAAGGAGCCGGCGGCCGAUAUGCAGAUCCACUACCUGGAGUACAUGAUCCAGCUCGACGAGACGACGCUUAGCGAGCAAUACCCCAAGGACGACCCUGUGCUCAAGGACCCCUACUCCAUCCACAAGCAGGGUUGGAACGCUCUCAAGUCGGUCUACCUCGACAAGCAGGAUGUGCGGCCUCAUUUGGGCAGGCUCAAGAACACUUUCAUGGAGGCUCUCAAACUGCUGCCCCAUGGACAAGCUAACUGAUCAGUGACCGACCGACCGACCUACUUGCACUUGAUCAGGUAGUCACCACGAACACUUUCACCUACUUGUAGUUUUAUAGGCUAGAUAGAGAUCGAGGUUGAAGAUAUGCUAGUGGAUUGCUAGAUGGUGCUAAAGUUUGCAUAUUUCUUCUGUUCCUUUGGAUGUUGUACUCACUCACAAGUUUGAGUUCUCACUGCUCUCUCUGUAAGCAUCAAUCGGGAGCCGCAUUCCCUCUUCUCUGUUUUUGGCUCUUUUGUAUUUUGGGAGUAAUACUACAAAAUGUAGUAAUGGAGAAUAUGGAAUCUAAUAAGAAUGGAGGGAUUGCCUGGAAUCAGAUACAAGGGUGGGUGUGUUGGUGAUUAAAGAGAUGAGAAUGGAGUACCAAGUGCUACGUGCUGUGCAAAUAGUAUACAGUGUGAAGUGUAUCAAUGAUUUGUAUAGACUAGCCUCUCUUUUUUUCUGCUUGACCUAUUUGGUUAUGGUCAAUUUUUCUAUUUUGAGCGGUCUGCCAAUCCAUCUUGUUUCAUCGUAUGGAUCCAAUUAACCCUUUAUUUUAGACAUAAUUG